CUGAGAGGACUUCAGUCGAAACAAGUUGAUCAUUAUCCUUUUUCAGAUUACUGGAUCAUAUCUGACCAGCAGAGGGCAGUCAACACUUCUUCUACUGCGUGCUUGGUUUACAUUUCUACAAAUAUUUGAAUGUAACUUAAUGGCCAUGCAGUGUUUUUAAGACCUUAAGAUGGAUGAAUGCGUGCGCACUGGGGUGAGACUUCUUAAACAAACACAAGAGCUGAAUAAUAUACAACUCCUGGAGUGUAAAAUGAAGUUAAAACUGAUCAAGUUAUGUAAUAUGUAUUUAGUGGAUGAUUUUAAUGCAGAGUCAUCGAAAUGAGAAAGCAACAAUGCCUUGCGGUGCUCGUGGAAUAGAUUUUAACACGCUUUAAAUGAAAAGAAAACCAUACAAAUGAAAUUAUAUUAUGUUUGGAUAAAAAAAUAAAUAUUAAAAAGACACAUACAGAACAUUCUUAUUGUGCAAUUGCUCUUUUUUUAAUGUCUCUGUGCAUCACCGAGCAUAAAAAGAACAAAAUGCCCGUGAAAUACAGAUUAAAUGCAUUGGUUUUAAAUGUAACCCCAAAACAUCAACACAGCCGUUCUGACCACGUGGUCUAUGAACCAAAAUAUCAGCCAAUCAGGAAAGCGGACGGGAGCGCAGCGAAUAAUCGACCAAUCAGAGAGCAGUGGCGUUGCCAAGCAGCUCGUGUGACUAAUGGCAGUCAUAUGACUGGCCCACAAAUGGAGUCCGUCUGCUGGAGUCGAAUGUGGCUCAAGAAUUAAACACAAAAAAGGAUUUUUUCCUUCUAAACUGUGGGUCCAUUAUGGCGCCCACGUUAUUUAAUAAACUUUUCAACAAAAGAAGCGCGUUUUCACCGCCCGCGAAAUGCAGCAAGGAGGACAUGGUGUUCAGCUGGUCGUCACCAGAGCUGGAGCCCAGCCAGAUCCGUCUCAUUGUCUACCAGGACUGUGAGCGGCGCGGCAGGAACGUCCUCUUCGACUCGGACGCCAGAAAGAGAAGCACGGAAGAUGCCCCGGUCACGAGGGUGUGUGGAGAGGCACAGGCGAAGAUGUUUGGGAAGUGUUGUCAGCUGAGGCCUACGGGCGGCAGCACCAGUUCUCUGGACAGCAGCUCGUCCUGCGCCUCCGAGCCCAAAGAACAAAACCGCUUCCAGGGCUCCUCACGGUGCUCAUCAGACGCUAACAUGCUCGGAGAAAUGAUGUUCGGCUCGGUGGCCAUGAGCUACAAAGGCUCAACGCUGAAGAUCCACCAGAUAAGAUCUCCUCCACAGCUGAUGCUCAGUAAAGUGUUUACAGCGAGAACGGGCGGAAGCGUCUAUGGCAGCCUGAACACACUGCAGGACAGUUUAGAGUUCAUCAAUCAGGACUCCGGCGCGCUGCGGCCCGAGCAGAACACCACCGCCAACGGCUUCCUGGGCAGCAUAGGUUUCUCUCAGCUCUGCAGCCCGCGCCGGGCGCUCUCAGAGCAAGGCCCUCUCCGUCUCAUCAAGAGCGCCUCUUUCUUUUCAGGACACAGUAACCCCAUGGACAUGCCGGGCCGAGGACUGUACGAUGAGAGAGACAGCGGCAUCGCCCGCUCCGCAUCUUUAAGCAGCCUGUUGAUCACCCCGUUUCCAUCGCCGGGCUCCUCUCUUACCAGCAGCUGUGCUAGUAGCUACCAGCGACGCUGGUUACGCAGCCAAACCACCAGCCUGGAGAACGGCGUCUUCCCUCGAUGGUCUGUGGAGGAGAGCUUCAACAUGUCUGACGAGAACAGCGGGCCGAGUUUGGGUGUUGCCAGGAAGAAGAAGAUCGCUAUUGGUGUCAUCUUCCUGCUCUCGCCCAACGAGGAAGAAAAUGCCAAGUUCCAGGACUUUUUCUUCUCUCACUUUCCUCUCUUUGAGAGUCACAUGAACAAACUCAAAAGUGCCAUUGAGCAGGCUAUGAUACUGAGCCGCAGGUCAGCUGAUGCCAGCCAGAGAGCUUUGGCUUACAGUCGCAUGGUGGAUGGCCUCAAUGAGUUUAGGACGACCAUCUGCAACCUGUACACCAUGCCACGUGUGCCUGAGCCCGUCUGGCUCACCAUGAUGUCGGGUCCACCUGAAAAGAACCAGCUUUGUGGUCAGUUCAUGAGGGAGCUGGCCUUGCUCAUGGAGCAAGCCUCCAAGAACCAAUUCCUCCCGGCGCUUCUCACUGCAGUUCUCACUAACCAUCUCGCCUGGGUUCCCACGGUCAUGCCCAACGGUCAACCACCCUUAAAGAUCUUCCUGGAGAAGCACUCCUCACAGAGCGUGGACAUGCUGGCGAAAACACAUCCCUACAACCCACUUUGGGCACAGCUUGGUGACCUGUAUGGGGCAAUCGGCUCACCUGUGCGUCUGUCCCGUACGGUGGUGGUUGGCCGACGACAGGAGCUGGUGCAGCGUCUUCUCUAUGUGCUGACCUACUUCAUCCGCUGCUCGGAGUUACUGGAAACACACCUGCUGGAGAGCGCAGAGGACGUGGCCAUCGUGAUGCCCGGCUCGCUCAUCACCACGUCGCUGCGCCGCGGAGAGGUGGAGGAGUCCGACUACGUGUUGGUCACCGUGCACAAGCCGAGCCAAGACUACCUGUCCCAGGGUGCCGAGGGAGAGGACGGCUACCCGUCUGAUGACAACAGCUUACAGAGCAGCACAUACAUGGACACAGAAGCCCCAGACGAGCACAAGCUUCCGCAUCCCGCCGUACCGGAGGAGGACUGUAUCAGUGACGCGCCUGUCUGCAGAGAAGCAGAGAGCCCACGGCUUGAGACUCGACUGGAAACCGUGGUAAAAGUCGGCUCCAACUCGCCGUGUGAGAGAAUACCCUCGCUCGAAAUUCAAGGGGAUGUGCGGCCCGAGGUGGAGUCUGGUGCCGUGCCCAUCAGGAUCUUCCAUUCAUCAGAUAUCCUGCUAGAAAAGAAGCCCCCUGACAAGAGCUUUGAUAACGCCGGGAACGAGCCCUCCGCUAAAGUCACAUUCCUCAUCGGAGAUUCAAUGUCUCCUGAAUCUGACAUGGAGAGUCGACAACAAAAGCUGGAGGAGGAGAUCAAGAAACACAAGAAGCUUCUCAAAGACAACCAGCAGAAGCAGUGUAACAGCGAGGUUAAACUCCAAGUGGACCAAAUCAAGACCAACGAUAGCAAGACUAGAACUAGAAAGACGUCUCAGUGGUGUCCGAGAGCGCAAGGCGACUGCUUGGACAUGUUUGACGAGUAUUUCAGCGAUGACAAUCCCGUGGAGACGAGGACUAUAGAUGAUGUCUUCCAAACAGCGAUGAAAAGCGCAGGAAACGAUGCCCCACGGUUGGACAAAGUCAGGUGUGAGUGCGACUCAGGAGACGUCAGCGCGGGCUGCUGUAAAACCUGCUGUUCUGCCGAGCAAGACAAGGGCAUCGAGAUGUCGUUGAGUGUUCCUUCACAAGGCACCGCUGGGGAGAAAAAGAAAGCAGUCCCGCUGAACGACUGGGAGAUCCCACGCAACGAGAGCUCGGACAGCGCGCUGGGGGACAGCGAGAGCGAGGACGCCGGACAGGAGCUGCCGAGGCAGGAGCCCGACGGGCCGUUCUACGCUGACGAGCAGGCCGACUGGCAGGAUGAGCUCGAGGUGCCUUUACCCGGAGCAAAGUUGGUGGAGAACUUCUCUAAACCAAGCAUUGCCAACUUUGGGAGGUCGCUCUUCGGAGGAUACUGUCCUACGUACGUCCCAGACUUUGUUCUGCACGGAGCCCCCAAUGAUGAGAAACUGAGGCAGAACCUCGUGUCGGAUCUGGCCCAUGCUGUGCAGCAUCCUGUGCUGGAUGAGCCCAUCGCGGAGGCCGUCUGCAUUAUCGCAGACACCGAUAAGUGGAGCGUGCAGGUGGCCAGCAGCCAGAGACGACCCUCCGACAAGCUGGGCAAAGAGGUGCUCGUGUCCAACCUCGUGUCCAACCUGCUCCAGUCCACCUACCAGCUCUACCGACUCAACCUGUCGCCAAACUUCUGUAUAAUGCAUCUGGAGGACCGGCUGCAGGAACUCUACUUCAAGAGCAAAAUGCUGGCCGAAUACUUGAAAGGACAGACCAGGGUGCAUGUGAAGGAGUUGGGCAUGGUUCUAGGGAUCGAGUCUAACGAUCUGCCCCUGCUAGCGGCUAUAGCGAGCACACACUCGCCGUACGUGGCCCAGAUUCUCCUGUAGGCCACAUGGAGAGCGAGAGAGACUCCAUUCCCCCGCCGGCAGACGGGUCGGGUCCUCCGGGUUCGGGGCCCCUCGAAGCCCCCUGAGACUCCUGGAGCAGGGAGGCCCUUGAGUUGGCGUUGGUUGGGAACGGUCUCAGGGUGAGCAGACUGCAGGACAGACGCUCUGCCAUUAGAUGACGGUCGAAACCCUGAGGUUCCCUGAAAGUGACCUGGGAAUAUCACUUUUCAACAGAGGACACACGGAGUGCAUUUUUUAAUUCCAUAAACCGCAUUUUGUUUUAUUUCUUGUUCCUUUACACAACGUAAGAAUGUAAAAGCCAAAGAAGAAAUCCAAGCAGCCCUUGCGUACAUCAAGCUGUUCAUGGCACCUUCUUCAAAUCAACGUAGGAAGCACAGACUUGGUUAUAAAAUCAGUUUUAUGAUUUUAAAUGAAUAUAUCAUGGACUGUUCUCAAUCGAUUGUGGCAGUGAGCGAUCAUGUAAUAUUCCUUUCUUUGUGUUUACAAGCGAGCUUACCCUGUCGUGUCCAGUUGAAAUGAGCUCUACCUCAAACCUUCAGUAUCACACACACACAUCUAACAUGCUAAAUUAAACAUUUGAGGUAAAGUUUUCAUUUUUGGUUUUCAAUCAUCCAAUAAAGAUGAAACCGUGGCACGAUUUCCCAUGAAUGAGCUCUGAGGAUUCAGUUUUUAUCUUUUUUUUUUUGGGCAGCAUCACUUUAGCUGUAACAGAAGUGUUUACCUGUCCUGUGGAAAUGAUUAAGAGAUGUAUUUUUAUUUGAAGAGUCAUUUAGACACAACAUUUUGGUCAAGAGAAACACGAUGGUCACCAAUCACUACGUUGGGAUUUGUGCUGGACCCUUUUUUUAACACUGAUCCAGGGACAUUCAACAAUCAUCUUGUAUAUUCAGGAUUGAAAUGCUGAAAUUUUUUUAUGUGUCGUCUUAGCUUGCAUACAGAUUGUUUACUGAUGGAAUAACAGAGAAAUGGAUGAAAAAUGAACAUGCAAUGAUUCAAUUCAAGUUAAUGACUUACCAAGAUGUUUAUGAAUGGUUGGCUUACUUUGUCUUUGGGUCAAACCAUACAUCUAAGUCUUAAUCGACAAAAAAAGAAAAGAAAAAAAAAAAAACACAGGCUUUGCAAGGUGUUUCAGGUUAUUGUAGCCGGUUAAAACAUGUAGGAGUUGCUUCGGUGGGAAACAUUUUGUAUUUAAAAAAAAAAAAAAAAAUCUAUAUCCAUUUGUCUUCUCCAGAAUGUGUAUUUAUAUCUAAUUAUUUCUUUAUACAGAAAAGCAUUUAAUUUAUUUACUUGGCAUGCAUUGGUAAAUGUUAGCUGUAUAUACUGCAUUUGAUUUUCUUGAUGUAUUUGUACAUAAAGCCUCUCUUUUUGACCUUAUCUUUGUUUCCCAGUUUUUAUGGGAAUAUUGUGCAAUAAAUAUGCCAUUACAAUUA